GAGAACAGGUGAGUUUGUCUGCAGCUGGAUGGAGAUCUGCUGAGAAGAUGCUGCCAGGCUGGAGGGCCACCGUGCUGCUGCUGCUGCUGCUGCUGCAGGCCUGGGGGAGUCAAGCUCAGAGUGGAGAUGGAGACUCAGACAUAGAACUUCAGCUCAGCUGCGUCUCCCACAUCAGCAUCACAAACAACAGUCUGACCUGCCAGCUACUGAGGCGCAGCAGCGACGAGGAAGACGAGGAACCCGAGGCAGAAAGCAUCCAAAAGAUGAGCGUAUGCCUAGAAGUUUAUGGGCAUGGCAAAAAGUGGCGUUGCUUCCAUGCUAAAGGAGACACGGUGACAUCACAACAACUGCUUCCCACUUCGUCUGUGAAUGUGACCGUGAAGAGGAAGGGAGGGGGCACGGUUUCAGCCAUAGUCAACCUGCGGGACAUAGUGAAGCCACUCAGUCCGAAGGUUUGGAACGUGACCCUUGAGCCGCAGCUCCGCCGGGCCGUGAUUUUCAUGCAGAUCCCCUACAGCAAUGACUACCUGACUUUGGAAAACCAGCUCUUCCAGUUCAACCUGUGGACUAAAGGCAGCAACAUUACUCAAAACAUCUCGUCCCAGAACUUCCUGCCGAUCGACAUGCAGCACCUCCGCCAGAACUCUGAGUAUGAGGUGAGAGUGCGAGCGAUCCCUAAUAGGGGGUGGAAGGGAACCUGGAGCGAAUGGAGCGAGGUGUACACCUUCGAGAUCCCUGGAGAACCGCAGUGGCAGACGACCGUGAACAUACUGGUAGUGAGCUUCAGCUCCGCGGUGCUGCUGUCCUUGAUCAUCAUCUUCUGGAGGAACAAAAUCUUCACCUACAUGUGGCCGAGCGUCCCGCACCCCAAACAGACUCUGAUUCAGAUCUGCAAACCCAACAAAGGCCUGCUGCUGAACCUGAACCCUGAGGUCUUCAGUUCCCUGAAGGUCUACCCGCAGGAGGAGGCCCCUUCUGAGGAGGCAGAGCCGUCGCUUGGUCCCGCUGCUGCUGGUGGGUCCCCGUCCAGCUCAGCCCAGAGCUCCGACUGCAGGAGCACCACCAGCAUCAGCACCGAGGAGCUGGAGAUCUCAGCCCUCCUCAGCAGGAGCUCCUCGGACGGCGAGGACAGCCUCCCGAGGGACAGCACGUCCCCCGUCAACGUCCCGCAGCAAGAAGACCAGGCUGGGAACCUUCAGCCUGACGGACUGAAGCAGUCGGAGGAGGCCUACGUCACCAUGUCCAGCUUCUAUCAGAUCAAGUAGGAGAAGAACCGCUGGAGCAACUGAACUGAUCAAACUUGUGGGAGCUGUUCCAACUGAAACAUCUGACCAACUGGUAGAAGGAAGUUCUUCUGACCUUCCUCCAAACACCACCAGCUGUAACUUAAUGAUGGCUGUUCCCUGAACCUCACAGAAUAUCUAACCUUCACCCCCCCCCUAUGUUUGAGCUUUAAUCCGCCAGCCUAGAUCUUCCACAGUGGUUUUCAUGUUUGGAAGCAUUAAGAAAACCAGUUCUUGGUCCAUGGAUUUAAGGAACGUGAGAAGAUCAGAAAGAGAAAUGUCCCGACGUUCAUUAACCCAGGAGCUUCCUUCAGGCCUGUUCAUUUAUCUGGAUCUGAUGAUUUGCUCCUCAGUGUCUGACGUUCCUCAUAAUGUCUGACGUUCCUCAUAAUGUCUGACGUUCUUCAUAAUGUCUGAUGUUCUUCAUAAUGUCUGACGUUCUUCAUAAUGUCUAAUGUUCUUCAUAAUGUCUGACGUUCUUCAUAAUGUCUAAUGUUCUUCAUAAUGUCUAAUGUUCUUCAUAAUGUCUGACGUUCUUCAUAAUGUCUAAUGUUCUUCAUGUCUGAUGUUCCUCUCACGAUAUUCUGCUGAACCCCCCCGAGCUGCUCUCUGACUGGACCCCUUUGGUCCGUUCAAACUGGAGAACCUUGUAGCGUUCCCAAACCCAUGAACCUGAGAACAACAAUCCUUCCUUCUUGGUUAUUUUUUUUUCUUCACACUAACAGGAUUCUGCAGAUCAAAGAAAAGGUCACAUGUUUGAAACUGGCCAAUCAGAGCUGAGCAUUUCCUCAGACUCCUUCUGGACCUUCUGUCAAUACAUUCAUUGAUUUUCUUUUUAUUUGAUCUGAACCUGAAUGGGUCGGAUUAGUUCUGGCUGCUGACCCGGACCUACUGACAUGUUAAAUAUGUGUUUUUAUAUCUACACCUUCUUUGAGGACCCCCUUACUGACAUGGAGUAGAACCCCUCCUGAUGGUUCUGGACGUUGAACGUCUAGGAGGAUGUAGAAGGUUCUGCUUUUCUUUGGACUCUCCAUGAUGCUGAUUCCAGACAGGAAGGUUCUGCUGAACUUUCUGGGUUCAAACCUGGUGAACAUGGAUGCUGAAGAACCUCAGUGACAUUAAAGAACCAAAGACAGAACCAGAAGGUUCCUUUUAUUUCACUGGAACCACAAAGAUGUUUGAAAGUCUCCUUUAGUUCUGGAGAACUUUCAUGAAGUUCUGUACACACAGAAACGGACCCUAAAAACAUUCAGAGGAACCUUUGAAAAGAACGUCAAAGGUUCCUCUGAGGUCAGUAAAAUGU